AAUUACAUCCCCCCACUUCGCUCCCAUUAGCAAGCAAGCAGCUUUUUCUUGCUUGUUCUUUUCCUGUUUUCAUCCAGGCAGCUCUGGGAAUACCACCAUAGUAUCACCUCCUCCUUCCCUGCCUCUUCCCUCUCCACUACAGCCACAGCCACAGCCACAGGACCACCAUUUUUCAGUAUCAUAUUGCAAUGGCACUCUGCGAUUCUGAUUCGGCGAAUGCUCUGACGCUUGAAUCGGUAAGAGACUCUUUGGUGAGACAAGAAGACACCAUCAUCUACGCUCUGAUAGAGCGGGCCCGUUUCCCCAUCAAUUCUCCGGCGUACGAUCAUUCUUACGCUAAAAUCCCGGGGUUUUCGGGCUCCUUGCUUCAGUUUCUUGUCAGGGAAACCGAGGCCCUCCAAGCUAAGGCUGGCAGAUUUACAAACCCUGAAGAACAUCCUUUUUUUCCAGAUGAUUUACUGCCCUCGCUGGUGCCUCCUUACAACUAUACCCAGGUUUUGCAUCCACCAGCCGCUUUCAUUAACAUGAACAAGUCCAUAUGGGAAAUGUAUUUUGAUAAACUUGUCGCGUUGUUUGCUGCCCCGGGUGAUGAUGGCAAUUAUGCAUCAACUGCUGCUAGUGAUCUUGUCUGUUUACAGGCCCUCUCCAGAAGGAUUCAUUAUGGAAAGUUAGUAGCUGAGGUAAAAUUCAGAGAAUCCCCUCAAGAUUAUGAGCCAGCAAUUCGCGCCCAGGAUAGGGAUGCUCUGAUGAAAUUGCUGACAUUUGAGAGUGUGGAGGAGAAAGUGAAGAAGAGAGUUGCGAAGAAGGCCAUGGUGUUUGGGGAAGAUGUGACCCUGGACAAUAAGGAAGCAAAAAAAGGAAAGUACAAGGUUGAUCCCUCUGCAGUUUCUCGACUCUAUGCGGAGUGGGUGAUGCCUCUUACCAAGCUUGUCGAAGUUGAGUACCUCCUACACCGCCUUGAUUGAAGCCUACUUCUCCUUCAUAUUCAAAUCAUCAAUGCGAUGGAGUUUCAAAAUCGACCCGGUUUCAGCAAUGUAAGUUAUAAUAGAGGACAAUCAUAUUCCAACUGAGAUUUGAGGACUUGAUGCUUAACAACGCAUCAAUGAUUUCCUCUUAACAGUAUCAUGACUGAAACAUUUA